CUCGAUAUGGAAAUCGCAAUUCGCAACUUAAUUUUUUCAAGUUUGUUUACUUCUCUUUGUAGCACAGCUGCCGGCAGAAACGUGAACUGUCCUCAACGAGACUUCUUCACUUUUAGUGAUCUUACAAACAAGAAUCGGGAAUAUGCCAAAAAGGAGUUAAUUGGGUAGGCGUGCAAAUGUGUAUUGCAUCCGCUAUUACUCACUUAAGUUGGCGUUUCGCAAAUUUGCAGAUACUCGAUGCAAGAAAUGUAUGAUGUGGUCGCCGACGUAUCGAACUAUUAUAAGUUUGUGCCAUACGUGAAGAAAUCACUCGUACACAGUAAGCGUAAUGACGGCUUCAAGGCUGACUUAAUUGUCGGUUUCCCACCGCUGAACGAAAGUUAUACAUCAAACGUUUCGCUUCAAAAUCCUGUGCUGGUAAAAUCUGUAUGCACAGAUGGAAGAUUAUUUAACUAUUUGCGUAACAAUUGGCGAUUUAGUCCCGGUCUGAAGGAUAUUCCACAAUCUUGUGUUGUGGAUUUCAAAGUAGCUUUCGAAUUCAAAUCGCUGAUACACAGCAAUAUUGCAAAUAUUUUUUUCGAUUUAAUUUGCGAUCAAAUGGACCAUGCUUUUGUGGCGGAAGCUGAACGACGAUAUGGACCACCUUCAAUUAAAUCGCUUAUAUUAUGGCGAAGAUCUUGACCAAGACGCAAUGAACAAGUUAAACAUAAAUAAC